AUGGAGCCGUCCAGGUAUUCUAUCCUGCGUAGGGCCCGCGCUGCAGCGGCCCAGGUACCCGCCAGCUCUGCUGUCUCUGCCAAAGAUGCGGUAUCCCGGCUCCAGGCCUCCGGCUUCUGUGUCUGGGCCCUGGAGACCACGUCGGGGGCGCGGCCCCUGCAGACGAUGCAGCUACCAUCCCGGCCCCUAGCACUGAUUGUAGGCAACGAGAAGUACGGCGUGUCCGUCGAUGCUUUGGAGUGCUGUGACCAGCAUGUGUGCAUCACCACCGUGGGAAUCAAGAACUCCCUCAACGUGGCCGUUGCAGGCAGUAUAGCCGUGUUCGAGGUUGCCCGCCGGCUAGCCGCGGCGAGCGGCAGGGUGGCGACGGACACGCCCUUGCCUGGGAAAGCUUCAUAA